CAACUUGGAGGCUAACCACAAAAUAGGCCAUAAUACGCAUAAUGAACCAUAUCAGUUUCUUCUAGCAUACGCCACACACUGGGGACUACUCCACACACUUCCUGGUUUUCUCUGUGUUGUUGGUGGGGCUGGCAUUCGUAGUUGUGGUAGUGGCUUGUUGUUUUGUCAGUUUGGUUUAUGUGGCUCUCGUUCUUGCGUUGUUUGGUUUUCACUCGUUCUUGGUUCACCAAUUUGCCCCUGCAGGUAAGUGUGUGACAAUGCCCCACUUUGGCGGCCGCGAAAGUGCCAUAGCCCUCCAGCAUCGGCCUCAGGGCUACAGCUUCGAGGAGAUGGCGGAGAUCUUGGCGGAUAAUAUUCGCCGAGACUGUGGAACGUCUCCAGUGACCUUGGUCCUUCAUGACUGGGGAUGUGUUUGGGGCUUCAUGUUGCAGACUCGUCAUCCAGAUUUGGUGAAGAGGAUUGUUGCCUUGGAUGUAGGGCUGCCUUCUUGUAUGUCCGGCUUCGAGAAGGUGUCGGUGGCCUUGCUGACCUAUCAGUUUUGGCCCUUGACGGCCUAUUUCCUUCUGCGCGUCUCCGCACGCCUGGGGUCUCCAUUUCGACGCUGGGGUCAAGCUGUGGCGGACUGGAUGAUCCGUGCCUUCACCAAGUUCAUUGGCUAUGGCAGCAAGCGGAUCACCGCCGAUGCUUCUUAUCCAUACGUUCACUUUUUGACUGGACUGGGUUUUCGCGAGCCGAAGCUGACCGCUGGUGCAGUGUUGCCAUCCUGCCCGUGCCUCUUCAUGUAUGGGAAGCGCAAGCCCUACAUGUUUCACAGUGCAGCCUGGGAGCGGCACUUGAGGUCGCGCAGUGACUGCGAGGUGAUCCCUGUGAACGCAGGACAUUGGUUACAGGUGCAGAAAGCGGAGCUAGUGAACCACGCGAUCGAGACAUGGCUGGAGAAAAAAGACAUGGGAGCUGCACCGCACAUGUGCCAAGAUAGCAGAUUUCAAGCUACAUCAUGCAUUUUCUUGCGGGCUUAUAUGCCGUGGAUCUAAGAGGCCGAUCAGAGGAGUUUGCGUCAUUCGGCGCAUCGUGCGAAGAGUUCGGGUGUGCGCAUGCAUG